GAGAAAGAGAGGGGGCGCCAGAGAGCUAAGGGCAGGUGACCAUAUUUCUUUCUGGCAACAGAAGGUUGUGGGAGAGGAGCUGAAGCCGAUUGAAGCCAUGAUAAGUGCUGGCAGCAUUACGUCAAGGUUUUGCGCGCAGCCAAUCCAUCUGAACGGCUUUACUUGCUGAUCCUACCGAUUCUAGUUUAAAAUCUGGGGUUCCAGGCCUCUCCUUCCAGGCAAAGACAGGGCGAGGAGCCGGAAGUAGGGAGGACCUGCGAGCACGUGAUGGGGAAUCCGCGAGCGCUCUCACGUGACUCGGCAACCUGCUGCGCCGCGGCGAGGAACGCUCGGUUGCUCUUAAAGACCUUCACCCUCCUGUUGGGGGCCAAUUCCGACUCCUCGCUGACCUGGGGCCCCUCGGGGAGCCGCGCUGAACGCCAUGGACGGCCGCGGGGACUUGCGACAGUACCUGACAGAUUCCCAGGGGGAAGAAGAGGCCAUCCCGGAGCUCCGGGCCUCUCAGUCGGGCAAUCAGAGCGCCCACUGGAGGAACGCGGUGGGCUUCUGGAUCCUGGGCCUUUGCAACAACUUCUCCUACGUGGUGAUGCUCAGUGCUGCCUAUGACAUCCUCCAUCACGACACGGUGCCUGGGAACCAGAGCCAUGUGGACCCAGGGCCAGCACCCCCUCCCCACAACUCCUCUCGCUUUGACUGCAACCCUGUCUCCACAGCUGCCGUCCUGCUGGCAGACAUUCUCCCCACCCUCGUCAUCAAACUGCUGGCUCCUCUUGGGCUCCAUCUGCUGCCCUACAGCCCUCGGGUUCUCGUCAGCGGGCUGUGUGCUGCUGGAAGCUUCCUCCUGGUGGCCUUUUCUGACUCUGUGGAGAUCAGCCUGUGCGGUGUGGUCUUGGCCAGCAUCUCAUCAGGUCUAGGAGAGGUCACCUUCCUGUCCCUCACUGCCAUCUACCCCAGGGCUGUGAUCUCCUGGUGGUCCUCGGGAACUGGGGGUGCAGGACUGCUCGGGGCCCUGUCCUAUCUGGGCCUCACCCAGGCAGGCCUCUCCCCACAGAACACCCUGCUAUCCAUGCUAGGUGUACCUGCCCUCCUGCUGGCCAGCUAUUUCUUACUGCUCACGGCCCCUGAGCCCCAGGACCCUGGAGGGGAAGAAGAAGCCGACCCAGCAACACGGCAGCCCCUGUUAAGACCGGAGGUCCCAGAGGCAAAGCCAGCUUCCAGCUGGAACCUGUCCUGCCGGGAAAAGUGGACCAUAUUCAAGGGCCUGCUGUAUUACAUCAUCCCGCUGGUGUUGGUCUAUUUUGCUGAGUAUUUCAUCAACCAGGGGCUUUUUGAACUGCUGUUCUUCCAGAACACACACCUGACCCACACCCAGCAGUACCGUUGGUACCAGAUGCUAUACCAGGCUGGAGUGUUCGCCUCCCGCUCUUCUCUCCGCUGCUGCCGCAUCCGCUUCACUUGGGCUCUGGCCAUGCUGCAGUGCCUCAACAUGGCCGUGCUGCUGGCAGACAUCUGGCUGGGCUUCCUGCCAAGCAUCUACCUCGUCUUUUUAAUCAUUCUGUAUGAGGGGCUCCUGGGAGGCGCAGCCUACGUCAACACCUUCCACAACAUUGCCUUGGAGACCAGCGAUAAGCAUCGUGAGUUUGCCAUGGCCGCCGCCUGCAUCUCUGACACCUUGGGGAUCUCGCUGUCGGGGCUCUUGGCCUUGCCUGUGCACAACUUCUUCUGCCGCCUCUCCUGAUGUGGAUAGAUGUGACGGGGGAUAAGGGACCCGCUGUGCUGGG